AUGGGUCAAAGCAUGUCGAGCAGCAUGUCAUGGCUGACGAGCUUGCUGUUCUCCAAAAAGGAAAUCCGGAUCUUGAUCCUGGGACUGGACAACGCUGGCAAGACAACACUCCUGUACCGGCUCAAGAUUGGCGAGGUGGUCACAACGAUCCCGACAAUCGGCUUUAACGUCGAGUCCGUGACAUACAAGAACCUCAACUUUAACGUGUGGGAUCUCGGCGGCCAGACGUCUAUCCGGCCCUACUGGCGGUGCUACUACGCGAAUACCUCGGCGGUGGUGUUCGUGGUCGACUCGACAGACAUCGAGCGGCUGCAGACGGCGGCCGACGAGCUGGCGGGCAUGCUGAACGAGGAGGAGCUCAAGGACGCGGCGCUGCUGGUGUUUGCCAACAAGCAGGACCAGCCGGGGGCCAAGGGCGCAGCAGACAUUAGCGAGGCGCUGCAGCUGGGCCAGUUGCGGGACCGCAACUGGACAAUCAUAGCCUGCUCUGCGGUCGAUGGCACGGGCGUGAACGAGGGCAUGGACUGGCUAGUGCAAGAGUAA